AUGACGCGUGACCUGGAGGAUGAGGCAAAGCUUGAAUUUAGUCGAUUCCAAGCUUCUCGAGCCGUUGUGGCUGAGGAGACUAAGGAUUGGCAGAUUCCAUUGUUCACUGAUUUCAGAUUGGCAGAUUCCGUUAUUUUUGAGUUUUCCAUUAUCUUAAGGGCGAGAAAAUACGAAUCAGGUGCUUCAAAAAGGAAACGAAAAAUGCAAGAAGAAGCUUUUAUAGAUAAACAAAAAGCACAUAAAGGUAACAAUGAUUGGAAUAAUAUUUCUAGUAUACUAAAAAGACAUGAAGCAAGUAACGGACACAUUCUUAAUAUGAGGUCAUGGAUUGACUUACAAACUAGAUUAACAAAUAAUAAAACAAUUGACAAGCAAAUCCAAGAACAAAUAAAUAAAGAAAAAGAUCAUUGGAAAAACGUGUUAAUAAGAAUCAUUGCUGUAGUUAAAACUUUAGGAAAAUGUAAUUUAGCAUUUCGUGGAACAAAUGAAAAAAUUUAUGAAGAAAAUAAUGGUAAUUUUUUAACUAUAAUUGAAAUGAUUGCUGAAUUUGAUCUUAUUAUGCAAGAACAUAUUAGGAGAAUUAAUGACAAAGAAAUUCAUAAUCAUUAUCUUGGACAUAAUAUGCAAAACGAACUUAUUAGUUUAUUAGGAGAAGAAGUUAAAACUAAAAUUAUUAAAAAAGUAAAAGAGGCUAAAUAUUUUUCAAUAAUACUUGAUUGUACUCCUGAUACAAGUCAUAAGGAACAAAUGUCAAUUAUCUUACGAUGUUUAGAUCUUUCAACCACUCCAAUAGAAGUUAAGGAGUACUUUCUAGGAUUUUUAGUUGUAGAUAAUACAACCGGUAAAGGCUUAUAUGAUGCUAUAGUUGAUGAAAUUAAAAAUAUAGGACUAGAUAUAAAUGAUGUUAGGGGUCAAGGUUACGACAAUGGUUCAAAUAUGAAAGGAAAACAUCAAGGUGUACAGAAACGAUUGUUAGAUAUUAACCCUAGAGCAUUCUACACUCCUUGUGGUUGUCAUAGUUUAAAUUUAGUAAUUUGUGAUAUGGCUAAUUCGUGUGAAAAAGCUAGUGAAUUUUUUGGAGUUAUACAACGUAUAUAUUCGAUAUUUGCUUCAUCAACUCAAAGGUGGAAAAUAUUACAAGAUAAUAUAUCAAACCUAACACUUAAAUCAUUAUCGCAAACUCGUUGGGAAAGUAGGGUAGAAAGUGUAAAAGCAAUUAGAUUUCAAGCACCACAAUUAAGAAAAGCACUUUUACAAUUAUCUAAAAAUUGUGGAGAUCCAAAAAUUAAAAGUGAGGCUAAAUGUUUAGCUACAUAUGAACUUGAAAACUAUGAAUUUUUAUUAGGAAUGAUUAUUUGGUAUGAUGUUUUGUUUGCUAUUAACAUUGUUAGUAAAAGCUUGCAAUCAAAUGAUAUGUGUAUCGAUGAUGCUAUAGAUCAACUAAAUGGACUUUUGUGUUUCUUUGAAGAAUAUAGAGAAAACGGAUUUGAAAAGGCUUUAGAUUAUGCAAAAGAAUUGGCUUUAGAAAUGAAUGUAAAACCAGAAUUUCGUGAAAAACGUAUCAUUCAAAGAAAUAGACGAUAUGAUGAAAAUGUUGCUAAUGAAACUAUUAAAACUCCUAUUCAAUCUACAAUGUCACAAGAAAGAUUAAAUGGAUUAGCAAUUUUAUCAAUUGAAAAACAGCUAAAAAUGAUGUAUAAUGUAAGCGAUAAUGGUGGAAUGGCAGUUAAGCCACAGUUGUACAUUAGAUUUCCUACAGGAAACGAAGGAAAAUCUACCAAGUCAAAGAAAGGACUAUGGUCUAUGGGUGACAUGUGA